AUGGCGACUCGUCACUUCACUCGCUCUUUCCACACCACCAAACAAUUCCUCUCUUCUUCUCUCCCCUCUUGCUCCCGCACCUCUCUUUCUCUAUCUAACCGCCCAUUUUUUCCUUCCUCUCUUUUCCAUCUACGCCCGCCUAUUGGCGCCAUCUCCGCCAGUUUCCGCCAACUCUCACCCUCGGCGACUGCAAUCCGAUGUUGCUCAACUUGUCGGACGCCAUUGCAUCUGGAGGACUCAAGACCUAAACACUCCAAUCGUCCGCCACCCGAGUCGUUCCUCCUUGGUGAUUACGAUUUCAAGCACUGGCUUGUUGUGAUGGACCAACCAGAGGAGGACGACACUUCCAGGGACAAGAUCAUCGAUAGUUACAUCAAAACCCUAGCCAUGGUUGUUGGAAGCGAGGAAGAAGCAAGGAUGAAAAUCUACUCUGUCUCAACUAGACACUAUUAUGCAUUUGGAUCCCUUGAGACUUGUACCGCUGGGCCACAGGCCUGUUGGUCAUUUGGAGCCCUUGUAUCUGAAGAACUUUCAUACAAGAUCAAAGAUCUGCCGAGAGUUCGUCACGUGCUCCCUUAUUCUUACUUGGAUGCUAAGAAAAAAGAUUAUGGAGGGGAACCUUUUAUUAAUGGGCGGGUUGUACCGUAUGACCCCAAGUACCACAAGGAGUGGGUGAGGAACGCUAAUCGGAGAAAUAAUCGGAACAUGAGAAACCUUGAAAGAAACGAAAUAGUGCAGAAACAAGAUUCUCAAACUCCUACGGUUAAUCUAAGUACGCAGAACCCUGAGCACAGUAUGGCAGAAGUGCCACCCUCUAAUGCAGAAGGUGCACUUGAUAUGCAAAUGCCAUCCAGUAAAACAGGAAGUUGGUCUAACAUGGGAGGAAUGCAAGCAAAUAGCUCAGAAGCGACACCCAAUGUGGGAGGAAUACAGUCAGAUAAUAUGGGAGGAGCACCCAACAUAGGAGGAAUGCAAGCAAACAGCACGGAAGUGGCACCCAACGUGGGAGGAAUACAGUCAUAUAAUAUGGGAGGAACACCCAAAAUGGGAGGAAUGCAAGCAAACAGCAUGGAAGCGGCACCCAACGUGGGAGGAAUACAGUCAGAUAAUAUGGGAGAAACACCCAAAAUGGGAGGAAUGCAAACAAACAGAAUGGAAGCGGCACCGAAUGUGAGAGGAUUACAGUCGGAUGAUAUGGGAGGAGCACCCGACAUGGGAGGAAUGCAAGCAAAUAGCACGGAAGCAGCACCCAACGUGGGAGGAAUACAGUCGGAUAAUAUAGGAGGAGCACCUAACAUGGGAGCAAUGCCACCAAACAACACGGGAGUUGUGCCACCAAACAACACGGGAGGGGUGCCCAAUAACACACCAUAUUCCCAAUACUGGAAUGGACAUAACAGUGAGGCAUGCAUUGCAAUCUGGUUGGAAUGCAAGCAAAUAAUAUGGUAGGGGCACCAAACUGGGGAGGAGUGCAGCCCAACAACAUGGGGGGAAUGUUGCCAUACAACAUGGGAGGUGUGCCAGCAAACAACAUGGGAGGGGUGCCUAACUCACCAAAUUUCUAGUGCUGGAACGGACAAAAUAAUGGAGGCAACCCUUAUUAUCUGGGAGAAAUGCAGGCGAAUAAUAUGGUAAGGGCACCCAGCUGGGGAGGAUUGCAGCCCAACAUGUGGGAACAGUCAUAUAACUUAGGAGGGGCGCACAAUAACGCACCAAAUUUCCGGUAUCAGAGUGGACACAACGGCGGAGGCAUGCCUUACAAUCGGGGUGGAAUGGAAGCAAAUAAUAUGGCAGGAGCACCCAGCUGGGGAGGAGUGCAGCCCAACAAUAUGUGGGGAAUGCAGCCAUACAACAUGGGAGGGAUGCCCAAUAACGCACCAAAUUUUCAAUAUUGGAACGGAUAUAAUGGUGGAGGCCUGCCUUACAAUCUAAGUGGAAUGCAGGCAAAUAAUAUGGUAGGAGUACCAAACUGGAGUGGAGUGCCUCCCAAUAAUAUUGGAGGGAUGCCACCAUACAACGGAGGGGUGCUGCCACACAACAUGGGAGGGGUGUCCAAUAAUGCGGCAAAUUUCCAAUCCUCAAAUGGACAUAACAGUGGAGGCAUGUCUUACCAAAGCAGAGAAAUGCCUGGUCCAGGGAAAAACAGGGAAUGCCAGAAUAGCUAUUCUCCGAACAUGGCUGGUGGUAACACUAACUAGGCUCAAGAUAUGCCAGAAAGUGAUGUUCCAUCACCACACCAACCCAUCAAUAGGCAUGCUGUAGAUGAGUAAGGAUGAAUUUUCAUUUUAUUUUUGUUUUUAUUUUCUUAUAUAUAUAUAUUAGUUCUAGGGUUUGUGCUAUAGAUAUUCCUUACAUUUUGAAGUUCAUAAGAAAGUCUAUGAAUGUCAUUCUGAUUCAAUAUCGAUGCUUUUAACUGGUUGGAUGAUCA